AUGGUGCUCGUUCUCGUCAUUGGAGACUUACAUAUACCGCAUAGAGUACACGAUCUUCCCGCGAAGUUCAAGAAGCUGCUUGUGCCGGGUAAGAUCCAGCAGAUACUAUGCACCGGCAAUGUUUGUGACCGCGAGACAUACGAGUAUCUGCGUACCAUAGCCGCAGAUGUACACGUAGUAAGGGGAGACUACGAUGAGUCUGCCGCCUUCCCGUUGUCGAUGACCGUCAACCAUUCGCCUAUACGCAUAGGCGUUGUACACGGACAUCAAUGCAUACCGACUGGUGAUCUUGACUCCCUGGGCUCUAUUGCGCGACAGCUGGAUGUUGAUGUUCUCAUCUCUGGCCAUACACAUACCUUCCAGGCCAUCGAGCGCGACGGAAGGUUCUUCCUAAACCCCGGCUCAGCUACUGGCGCAUGGACCGGUGCGUUCAACGGGGACCCGAUACCGUCGUUCGCCUUGAUGGAUAUCCAAGGACCGGUUGUAGUCACGUACGUGUACCAGUUGAUUGAAGGCGAGGUGCGGGUGGAGAAAGUGGAAUAUCGCAAGGACGCGGAGGCCUUCGUGAUCAAGGAGACCGCGCCGAAGAGCUCGGCUAUGCCGCAGGAUAUCCCGGGUGCAGUGGGCGGGCAGAACGUAUGGUAG